AUGGAUUCGAAGACCUUGAACCGUGAAGUUGUGGAGCCGGCUGUUUGUUGUACGGGGCAGCAACUUUCUACCGCGGGACAAGCUUUCAGAAGGCACAAGCAGCAGAUCAUGAGGAAGCUGAGACUACCGCGAAUUGUGGGCUUUUCCCUUGGUUUACUGGCUCUUUGCGCGUUUUCCCUCUUAUUCAGUGCCUUCGCCUGCACGUCAGCCAACCGAGAAAUCCCACAGGUUAAACGCAGAACUCUGCUGGGUUUCGAGGAGAAGCAGAAAUUUUCCAAGCUUCAAAAUUAUACCCCCAAACCCAACCUUACUUUAAAGUACGAAGUGCGGGCAGCCACAACCUCUGUCAAUAAUGAAACGUCUGGAGACUAUCCUCCCGAUAUCUUCACACUGGCGGAAAGAAGAAAAGGAGCUAUCCUCCUCCACAUCUUAGGCAUGAUUUACAUGUUCAUAGCCUUAGCCAUAGUGUGUGAUGAAUUUUUUGUACCCUCACUGACAGUUAUCAUUGAUAAGCUGCAGAUAUCCGAUGAUGUGGCAGGGGCAACUUUUAUGGCUGCUGGUGGGUCAGCGCCAGAACUCUUCACUUCUUUAAUAGGAGUUUUUAUAUCUCACAGCAAUGUUGGGAUUGGGACCAUAGUGGGCUCUGCAGUCUUCAACAUCCUGUUUGUAAUUGGGAUGUGUGCUAUAUUCUCCAAAGAAAUCCUGCACCUCACCUGGUGGCCACUGUUCAGAGAUGUGUCCUUUUAUAUUGUUGACCUGAUUUUGCUUAUACUUUUCUUCCGGAGUAAUAGCAUCGUUUGGUGGGAGAGUGUAAUUUUGUUGUCAGCCUAUGGAUGCUAUGUGAUCUUCAUGAAGUUCAACGUUGUGCUAGAACGAUGGGUGAAAAAGAAAUUAAACAGGAACAAAGUGGUGGAAGCAACAGCAACAGACAGUGAUGAAAAGCCAUCAGCAAAUAUGGAUAAAGAUGAACCCACCAUAAAACCCAAGCCACGUCUCCAGCGGGGUGGGAGCUCUGCUUCCCUGCACAACACCCUCAUGAGGAAUAGCAUCUUUCAACUAAUGAUCAACACUCUGGAUCCACUUGCUGAAGAACUUGGAGCAUAUGGAAAACUAAAAUAUUAUGACUCAAUGACAGAAGAAGGUAAAUUCCGUCACAGAGCAUCAAUUCUUCACAAACUGGCCAAAAACAAAUGUCAAGUAGAUGAUGGUGAGAAAACCAAUGUGACUGCUAAUCAUGCAGAUAAAGUAGAGCUGCCAAAUACAGCCAACGUAGAAGUUGAAGUGACACCUCCAAAGGACCCUCCCACAACAGUGCAGAACGGAAACCUCUCAUUGAAUCUGGAGGAUGCUGAAGUUGCCGUACAGAAUGAAGAAGACGACCAGCCACUUAGCUUGGCUUGGCCAGAUACACCACGAAAACGAUUUAUCUAUUUAGUUAUACUGCCUAUCAUCCUUCCACUGUGGAUCACCUUGCCUGAUGUCAGAAAAAAAAGAUUACGAAAUUAUUUUGUACUUUCCUUCUUUGGGUCAAUUUCCUGGAUCGCGGGCUUUUCCUAUCUAAUGGUCUGGUGGGCACAUCAGGUUGGGGAGACAAUUGGGAUCACUGAAGAGAUUAUGGGAUUGACGAUUUUAGCUGCAGGCACUUCUAUUCCUGACCUCAUCACAAGUGUAAUCGUAGCACGGAAGGGACUUGGUGACAUGGCAGUGUCCAGCUCAGUUGGAAGCAAUAUAUUUGACAUUACAGUUGGCCUUCCCUUGCCAUGGCUCCUGCACUCAUUUUUUAACAACUUUACCCCAAUCGUAGUCAGCAGCAAUGGCCUGUUCUGUGCUAUUGUUCUCCUCUUCAUCAUGCUUCUCUUCGUCAUCCUUUCGAUUGGGGCCUGCAAAUGGAAAAUGAACAAAAUUCUUGGACUGAUCAUGUUUGUACUGUACAUCCUGUUUCUGAUUGUCAGUGUUCUGUUGGAAGAGAAGGUCAUCGAAUGCCCAGUGACAGUCGGAUCAUCGUGA